CUACUGCAGUCCACUCCGUCCCGAGAGAGAGAGAGAGAGAGGAGAGGGAGAGAGAGAUAGAGAGCGUUAGCGUUGAAGCUUGAAGCCGAGCCAUUGAAACCCUGGGAAGAAACGUCUAUGGCGGCUGUUCCAUCGAGGUCUGAGAUACUCUGUCUGUUUAGAUCAUUGCUGAGGAUCUCUGGAAAAUUUCCCGACUACAACAUCAGGGAGUACGUGAGGCGGAGGGCAGCUGAUGGGUUUCGGGAGAACCGCGUCCUCACUGACGCGUCUUCAAUUUCUUCCGCUUUCGCCGACGGUAAAUCGCAGCUUGAGGCCGCUAAGAGGCAGGCUGUUGUCUAUUCUCUGUACGCCCCGAAGGUCAAGAGCAUCAUGGAUAUCGGAACCGCCUGAAGGUCAAGGACCUGAACGGAUUCUUUACUUCCUAACCGCAUGAAAGAAGUAGCAAGAAUGUUAAAUAAGUGCGGCAAGGAAUAUUUAUGCAAUAUACUUAUGAAGAGGAAGGAUAUUGUCAUUGGAGUUCUUAAGCACAUCUGCAGAUAUGUCAGAAUCAUAAAUAAAGAUAAAGUGUGAUUAUUUCAAGUUAAAGUAGCCAAGUGGAUCAAGGUGGUGGCUUGUAAAUCCUUGACAUUUCAGAUUAAGUUCGAGAUCCUUUUCUGCUCGACCGUCCAUCCCAUUAGUGAUUGUGGCAUUGGAAGCUGUGAGCCUGUGAUAUGCUUUGGACUUGAAGAUAUAAAAUAGGAUGGUAGAAGCAAUAUGGAGAAGUGUAUUAGAUUAAUCAAGUAGGGCUCCUGAUGUCAAAUCUUUCUUGGUUGGGUAUGGUUUGCAUCUAUAAGUAUAGUUCUAGAUUCUUUUUUUGGUCUUAGAUGUCACUUAGCUAGUGAAAAAGCAGUUGGUAUGGUUCAAAUGUUAAUACCAUGGGCUUCCAUCCUUGUCACAUGGUAUUCAGGUAGAGGGUGAAUCCACCGUGGGGCUAGGGGAGUGGGUGGGUGUAUGUCUUCUUAAAAAUAAGGGUUUUUUUAAGCCCAGAUAUAAGUUCAUAUUUAAUGCAUUGUCACAGAAACACAUUUAAAAAAAAAAAAACCCAUUU